UGGAGGGCCGUGCGUCAGCUCAGAGGAGCGCGCGCCGUGCCGGCACAGGAAGCCGGGUGGUGAAAGACGUGGAUCUGAUCUGAUGGGGCAGCCCGCCUGAGCUGCUUGUCCGGGCAUCACUGCCGAAGGACAACGGAUCCCCCCCUCACCGUGCCGCCGCCAGGUAUCGCUCCACUUCCCGGAGGUGGCGCUGCAAAGCGGCACCAUGGUGGCUGGAGAGCUCAUGCAGGACCUGCACCUGCGCGCGGAUGCCGGCGCGCCGGACCACAUCACCGUCGAUACAAAGAGUCCCGAACCAGAAGAUGCUGAGCUAGAGGCAGACCCGACAGUCAGAGCUCCGCCGGCUGGAGGAGCGGAUGGCUUAGACACGCUCCCGGGCUUUGAACGUGAACAGGAGCCCCCCUCGGAUGAAAGAGAAGCGAUGCUGCCCAAUGGAGGGGGAGCAGGGAGCGAAGUGGAGGCGCAGGUGGAGACGCGACUAGAAACACGGCUGUACCUGAAGCGGUUCGCGGUUCUGGCCGUGUUCAGCCUGUCCUCGCUGGUCAACGCGUUCCAGUGGAUCCACUACAGCAUCAUCGCACACGUCUUCACGCGCUACUACGGCGUGAGCAACAGCCAGGUGGACUGGCUCUCCAUCGUCUACAUGGUGGCCUACGUGCCGCUCAUCUUCCCAGCCACCUGGCUGCUGGAUCGGCGGGGGCUGCGGCUGACGGCCAUGCUGGGAGCCGGCCUCAACUGCGCCGGCGCGUGGCUAAAGUGCGCCAGCGUGAACCCCGAGCGCUUCGGCGUCACUGUCACUGCGCAGGUCGUCUGCGCCGUGGCGCAGGUCUUUAUCCUCGGGCUGCCGUCCCGUGUUGCCUCGGUGUGGUUCGGACCUCGGGAGGUUUCCACCGCGUGCGCCACAGCCGUGCUCGGAAACCAGCUGGGCACCGCCAUCGGCUUCCUGCUGCCUCCAGUUCUGGUUCCGACAACUGACGAUGUGGACCUGACGGGUCACAACAUCAGCAUCAUGUUCUAUGGCACCGCCGCUGUGUCUACGCUGCUCUUCAUCCUCACCGUCACAGUCAUACAGGACCGACCUCCUCUGCCCCCGAGCCAAGCUCAGGCCGUCUUACCAGACCUGCUGGAGGAGUACUCCUACAAACAGUCCAUCAUCAAUCUGGUAAAGAACAAAGCCUUCAUCCUGCUGCUCAUCAGCUACGGCAUCCUGACAGGAGCCUUCUACUCCGUUUCCACUCUCCUCAACCAGAUGAUCAUGACCUGCUAUGUGGAUCAGGGCCAGGAACUAAAUGCUGGAAGAAUCGGUUUGACUCUGGUCAUUGCCGGGAUGGUUGGCUCCAUCCUAUGUGGGGUGUGGCUGGACCACACCAAGACGUACAAGUCCACCACCUUGGUUGUGUACCUUCUGUCCUUUGUGAGCAUGCUGGUCUUCACAUUCACCUUAAAGGUGGACAUCUACCUGGUGUUCUUCACUGCAGGGCUCCUGGGCUUCUUCAUGACGGGAUACUUACCACUCGGCUUCGAGUUUGGAGUAGAGAUCACUUACCCAGAGUCUGAAGGAACGUCUUCUGGCCUCCUCAAUGCUUUUGCUCAGAUCUUUGGGAUCCUAUUCACUCUCAUUCAGGGCAAACUGACCACAGACUACGACCCACUCACUGGAAAUCUCUUCCUGUGCGCCUGGAUCUUUGGGGGAGCUAUUCUCAGUGCUUUAAUCAAGUCGGACCUGAAGAGACACAGCGUGAACGUGGGAGCUGGCGGCGCUGUGAGCAGUGAGCUGCAGAUGCCCCCUCCUGAAGAAAUAAAGACCAGGACAGUCCUCCUGGAGCCAUCUGUCAGCUUUUCCUGUGAAACCUCGCUGUGAUCUGUGGGGGGCGGAGCUUUCCUGGAAAUGGCACAAGCAAACAAUCUGGGGCGCCCUUUUUGUAUGAUCACCUGGACAACCGGCGGCUCAUCUGAGUCUGGGUCGGAUCCCUGCAGGGUGAUCACACGCUCACAUGUCCCCCUUCAUCUCUGCUGAGGAAGACAAUGGGCUCAGGUGACCUCUUCUGGUUUUACUGCAGCUGUGGCGCAAAAUGAUCUGAAGCAUAAGACGAUCACAUGACCAGUGUGUGGUGUGAUCUCUGUAAGGAGGAGGAGGACUUUGGAAUUUUCCUUAGCUGUUCCUGUUAAAUGCAGCGUUAUGUCUGAGCUUCAGAUCUUCAGCUGCACCUGAGAGUCUGGGCGCUGGACGCCAUCCUGCACAAAGAUCUUCAUGACUGAAACCUGGAACAUGAACAGAAAUGCAGUUGUUUUUAUCAAAACCUGUUCUUAAUGGACCAAACACAAUGUGAAGUAGUUUGGCUCACAAAGAUGCACAACUUCAGGCUCAAAUGCACAAGUUAGGUCUUUAUGUUGAAACAGUCAGGCUCUGAUGGACUUCCAGUUUUAAGGCCGUGUCAGACAGCCACUACUUCCAUUUUGCUUAUUGUCCACAUAUGACAUUUCUUUCCUCUGUAAUCCAUGCGUGAUCUACAUCAUUCAUAAGUGUUUCUUGCGUUUGUCGUUCAACAAUGUGCGCAGAUGUCCGUCAAAGAUGUCAGCUGAUGCGUCUUUAUGUGAGCUCCGUUUUGCACUGUUCCACAGUUUUGGUUGGUUGAGAAUAACACAGUCAUUUCAUAAAUUCUACGCAUUCUACGUGCGUGAUUUUUGCGAGAUGCAUAGGCAGAUUUGUGGCUUUCCACAACUGUUCCACGCAUGUCUCACAUGCUUUUAAUGCAUGUACCAUCGAUGUAUAACUUUUAUAUCACGUACACAUAACACGCUAAAUUUACGUAAUUGACACACCAAAUAAUUACAAAUAAACAGCACAAUAAUCAUGCACAAUUGGAGUAUCGUGUGGCUUUUACGUUGGUUAACGUGUUCUUUGCGUGAUUUUGGACCAAUUUUCAUCCGUGCAGUAUGUUCAAAAUGUAUGUAGUGGCUAUGUGACAUCAUCUUUACGUCUUCAUGCUGAUAAUUAUGUUUGACAUGUUUGCGUGUUUCACUGAGAUGCUGCCAGAGCUCAUCAAAGAAUCGGUUUGACUGGAACUCCACUGACCCAGCUCAGAACCGCCCCGGUUCUUUAGGAUCCUUCCAAAAGCAGCUUGUUUUUUGGGGAAGAAAGCAGCAUGUCUGCCAACGUAAAGUCAGAAAACCUUCAGGGUCUCCUGGAAACAGCUGCUGAGGAGCAGGAGUUUAAGUCCACACUGCUGUCAUGUCUGUCUGAAAAGUGAUGCUUUGUUUUGUUUUUCCUUUAACUUUGCUGUAACGGUUCUGGUGCCAGAUGUUUCACCCACUUGCUUCCUUUGUGGGGUCAGCUUAUUUUAUUUCAAAGGGAGCGUAGCUGUUGGAGCCAGUUGAUUUCCAGAUUAACAACGAAAUUCCAGGAUUCCCAAACUCCUCAAGGGGUGUGAACGCACCUCUGUGACCAAAUAAAGGAUCAACCAAGAA